AUGGAGAGCAACACAUCAUCAUCUUUGGAGAAUUUAGCAACGACGCCUCUGAACCAGAUCCAAGAAACAAUUUCUGAUAACUGUGUGGUGAUUUUCUCAAAAACAUCCUGUUCUUACUGUACAAUGGCAAAAAAGCUUUUCCAUGACAUGAAUGUUAACUAUAAAGUGGUGGAAUUGGACCUGCUUGAAUAUGGAAACCAGUUCCAAGAUGCUCUUUACAAAAUGACUGGUGAAAGAACUGUUCCAAGAAUAUUUGUCAAUGGUACUUUUAUUGGAGGUGCAACUGACACUUAUAGGCUUCACAAAGAAGGAAAAUUGCUCCCACUAGUUCAUCAGUGUUAUUUAAAAAAAAGUAAGAGGAAAGAAUUUCAGUGAUGUUUAUCCUAAUAAGUUUGCUAGUACGGUGUCAGUUAAAGUGGUAAUGCCCAAUAAUGUCUUUUAAAUGUUUGAGGAUGUUUUAAAUACAUGCAUUGUCUUCAUGAAGAUGUAAAAAUAAUGAACAAUAAAUUGCAGUGGAAACCUCUU